CUUUUUUGUGUGUGUGACGCCAAGUCCAUCCUCAAAAGGAAGUAACGUCGUGUUUGACUCGAGACGUACAUUUGCAGCUGAAAAAAAAACACACGCGUAAACGCACCAGAAAAACCCACAAAGACACCCAAAAAUUCCCAUCACGUUAAAAGAAAAGCAUCAGCAGUAACAGCUUGUAAAUCCUAAACGAGAAUGAUUGAAGACUACCAACUUGCAAUAUUUUCAAACAUGCUUGGAGUUACCUUAUUUCUUCUUAUAGUGCUUUAUCACUAUGUUGCUGUAAACAGACCAAAAAUACACCAGUUUUAACAUGAAGGUAUCCCAAACGGAUGACAACAACUUGAGAAAAUCAUGUUCCCAGAUGAACCUGAAAAAGUGUCAUUUGUCCUGAUCUGUGCAAUUUCAAGCAAGCUUAUUUUUAUAACAUUAAAUUGAACCAUUAUUUAAA